ACCGAGCCCCGGGGGGACCCCUCGGCCCAGCCUGGCCGCCCCAGCCUCUGUCUCCAAAGAGACCUGAGUCCUGCCCACAUCUGCCUGCUGUAAGGACUCUGUCCAGCGAGAGCUGGAGCGGAAGUGGAGCAGCCGGGACUCGAACCGGCGUCCCUAGGGAUGCCGGCACUGCAGGCAGAGGCUUAGCCGGCUGCACCACAACGCCGCCGCCCACCCCGGGGGCUUUUCUAAGACCCCUCCUGGCACUGCCGGCCACCCUCCUAGGGACAGCAGCCUGCCACGCCCCCUGGCUACGCCCCCAGGCUCCCCGGAGUCCCAGGCGGCCCAGGCUGCUGUGUCCUCUGCUGUGGUCUGGCGACCGUGGUCCCGGUGAUUGGCAGGCACUGCUCACCUGUGGCCGAGCCCCGCUCCGUCCCGCUCCAGCGGUUUCGAGCCGUGGGGCCCGGUCUCUGGUGCCCGAGGCGCGCGGGAGGAAUGUCCCUUGCUCAUCUAAUGCCCCUGCUUUCCUGGCCCCCCCGGGCGCAGAGCCAGCCCAGAGCAGUGUUGCUGCCGCCGUGUGGGAUGAAGACUGGAGCCGGCCUCCUCCUACAGGCUGGCUUCCAAGACUGCACCUUCUUCUCCCGCUCCUCCACCUCUGAUGACCUAACAAGGCAGAGCUGACCUGCUCAGGAACCAAGACAAUGCAGCAAGCAACACAGCUCCAGUUCACGAACCAGCUGUCACCCAAUGGGCAGCGCGUCCCCGCGCCCUCGCCCGCCCCGAGUCUCCAGCGUGAGCCCCCCAAGUCCAAGGAGAGCCUCCCGCCGCGGCCGACCCCGGACCCGGCGGCGCCGCCGCGCCGGAUCCCGCGCCUGCGGGCCGUGGUGGAGAGCCAGGCCUUCAAGAACAUCCUGGUGGACGAGAUGGACAUGAUGCUGUCCCGGGCGGCCACGCUCAUCCAGGCCAACUGGAGGGGCUACCGGCUGCGGCAGAAGCUGAUCUCGCAGAUGACGGCGGCCAAGGCCAUCCAGGAGGCCUGGCGGCGCUUCAACACCAAGCGCAUCCUGCGCUCCAGCAAGGCCGCCGUGAGGAGGGUGGCGGCCGAGGACGGGGACAUCCCCUACCACCCGCCGCAGCAGGUGCGCUUCCAGCCCCUGGACCGCUGCCCCUGCCCGCGGCUGCCCGUCAUGGUCAGCAAGGAGACCCAGUUCCCGUCCUCAGACAGCCUGGCCACCUGCGCCCCGCACGCCACCGCCCUCCGCACCACGCCCUCCUCGCUGGGCGCGCCGGCCCCGCGCGCCCCCGGAGCCGCCGGCGUGGCUUUCCUGCCGCACCAGACCGUCACCAUCCGGCUCCCGUGCCCGGUGAGCCUGGGUCCCAAAGGCCAGCCGUGCCUGCUGACCGAGACCAUCAGAAGCGCCUGUCUCAUCCGGCACAUUGAGGGCGACACGGUGAAGACCAGGCACGUGACGGCCAGGGGCGGCAAGACGGGGGCCCCGGAGCCGGCGCCGGGCUCCAAGUGCACCCAAGCCCACGCAGACACAGAGAUCUUCAAGGUCCCCCCCACCACGCCGUGCCCCACGCCCACAGCCGCCAAGGCCCCGGCCAGGACCUGCGGGACCUGCGCGGCCACCAGGGCCCCGCCCAAGACCUGUCCCGUGCCCACCAUGACGGUGGUGAAGUCGCUCCCGCACACCUGCCCGGCGGCCACGCUCCCCAAGGCCCAGCCUCAGGUCCGGCCCAUAGCCUCGCUGACCAGCGCCUCUCCGCCCGCGCGGCCUGCUGGCAUCAUGGCCAAGAUCCCGCCCCAAGUGUGCCUGCUGGCGUCCAUGCUCAAGCCCCCGCCCCAGGCCCGCCCGGCGGCCCCCGCGGCCAAGACCCCGCCCCAGCCGUGCCCAGUGCCCGUGGUGACCAAGACCUCGCCCCACAUACGCCUGGCGGCCACCAGAAGCCCACUGCAGUCAUGCGCCGUGGCUCCCGUGCCCAAGACGCCGUCCCAGACGUGCCCCGUGGCCGUGGUGGCCAAGCCGCCGCCCCAGACACGCCUGGCCGCCAUGAUCAACAAGACACCGGCCCAGAUCCGCUCGGUGGCCGCCGUGCUGAAGACGCUGUGCCUCGCCCCGCCCCCGGCGGCCGGCAACCUCAGAGCUCCGCCCCCAGGUGUGGCGGCCACCGGGCUCCCCAGCACCUCGUCCCACAUACACCUGAGCAUCCCCAAGACCAAGGUCACGGUGAACGUGAAGCAGACGGCGGGCGUGGUCAAGCUGUCGUCGCACUCCUGCCUGGCUGACGGGAAAGCCAGGGUCCCCCGGCCGCUGGCCCUGGAGGCCGCCGCCGCCAAGACGCCAGCCGGGUGUCUCCUGGAAGCCGAGAAGGGCAAGGUGUGCGCCCUGCAGAGGCAGCCGGCGGUGAAGGCGGAAGCGACGUCCAAGACCAACGUGGCCGUGGAUGUGGCCAGGCCCCUGUCAUGGACCAAAGUCGCCGAGAGCCAGAGCAAGCCCCCGGCCCAGCCACACCCGGCCACGGAGGUCAUCAAGAUCCAGUCCCAAAUGUACAUGCCCGUGGAGACGGCCGAGGCCCUGCCGCAGCCCCAGCUGGCCGUGCCCCUGACCAAGGCCCUGUCCCAGGCCCACCUGCCCUGCCGGCAGCCCAAGGCUGUGUCCCAAGUCCACGUGGCCACCUCCCUGACCCAGGCGUCCUCGCAGGCCCAGCUGGCCGCCUGCCUGAGUCAGGUGGCAUCGCAGACACAGGAGCUGUCCGAGGUCCUGCCCGAGGCCCCGCUGGCCGCCUGCCCCGCCACCGUGCCGCCGCCGUGCACCUGCCCCAGCAAGGCCUCGGCCCCCCGCACCCACCCGCUGGCCGAGCAGACCAAGGCCUUGUCCCAGGGACGCCUGCCCACCUGCCUGAGCAGGCCGUCCCCCCCGAUAUACGCACCCACCAAGCUGGCCAAGGCCUCGUCGCAAGCCCGCCUGGCCACGUGUCCGCCCAGCGCCUGCCCGGCGAAGGUCUCGUCCCAGGGACGCGUGUCCGCCGAACACCUCCAGGCCGCGUCCCAGCUGGCCGCCUGCCUCGCCAAGUCCUCCACGCGGACGCACCCGCCUCCGGAGCUGACCGUGGUCCUGCCCCAGGCACACCUGACGUCCCGUCCGCCGACCCCCGUCUCCCAGGAGCUCCCGGCCGCGUGUCCGGCCAAGGCCGCUCCCCAGGCGCCCCCGCCCGCCAAGCUGGCCAAGACUCCUUCGCUGGCCCAGCUCAUAUCGUGCCUGUCCAAGGCGCAGUCCCAGGCGCACCUGCCCGUCGGCCUCACCAAGACACAGUCGCAGGCACAGCUGGUCACUGAGGCGUCCAAGUGCAUGUUCGUGGCCCGGCCGCCCGCCGACCUCAGCACCAAGACCCAGUCGCAGCCGGUCCUGGCCCGGUCCAAGGCGUCCGCCCAGCCCUGCCACCACCCCAGCGCCCUGGGCGCUUUGCCCCGAGCCAGGCCCAAUGACAGACUGACCCUGCUGCAGGGCAAGGCAGCCCCCGAGCCUCCCGGCGUGCUCGUGCCUCUGCUGGCCCCCGCCGGACACACCCCGUGCAACAUGGAGUCCUGGGGCGACAGCGGGCCGGCCCGGGGGCAGCCGCCCGCGCCCAGCCAGGACGACGCGGCCGCUUCGCAGAUCGCAUCCCUGUGCGCCGAGCUGGCCGCCGUGCUGGGCUCCCAGGAGGACCUCCGGGCCCUGCUGGCCAAAGCCCUGUCCCAGGGUGAAGUACGGGCCGCCUUGAGCCAGGCGCUGUCCAAGGAGGUGCUGGGCGCCACGGUGGCCAAGGCCCUUCCGCAGGGCAUGCUGGGACUGGCCCUGAUGAAGGCGCUGUCGUGGGGCGAGCUGGGCAUCGCGCUGAGCCGCGCACUGUCCCGGGGCGAGCUGCGGCCGGAGCACACCAAGGCCAUGCGGGGCAAACUGGCCGAAGUCCUGGGCAAGACCCUGAGUGACGAGGAGCGGGCGGCCCUGAGCCAGGCCCUGUGCCAGGGCGAGCUGGGUGCCGUCCUCAGCCAGGCCCUGUCCCAGGCGGCCCUGAGGACCGGCGCCAUCUUCCCCAAGGCCGUCCCUAGAGCAGCGGGAAGCGGGGCGCCGGCUGCGGUGGAGGCGGACUUCCGGGGCGGCCCGACGGCCUCCUGGGGGCCCACCCUGGGUCUCGUGAGGCCGCAGCCCAGCAAGGGUCCUGUGGACGCUGGCGUGGCCGGUGGCCAGUCGUGGAACUCUGCCAUCCCCAGCGUGGCAGUGAGACCUCUGGACAGCGCCCUGGCUGCCCAUGCCAGCAGUGGCACUGCGCCCGUGCCGUGGGACACCGUGGGCCGCGAGGGGGCCGCCGGCCCCAGGCAGUCGGGGGAGCUGAUGGUGUCGGUGCAAACCGUGGAAAAGAUCAUCACCCACGCCGUGAUCACCAUCCAGGCGUGCGCGCGUGGCUACCUGGUGCGUCGCACCAUCCGGCUGUGGCACCAGUGGGCCACCAUCAUCCAGGCCACGUGGCGUGGCUACUGCGUGCGCCGGAACCUGGCCCGGCUCUACCGCGCCACCACGGUCAUCCAGGCCGCCUGGAGAGGCUACUGCACGCGCCGGGACCGCGCCCAGCAGGUGCUGCUGCCGGCCAUGUGGGCGGAGAUGGACGGCAGGGCCUGGAGCGCCACGGACCAAGGCUGCUUCCAGGGCGCCGGGCCCCGGAUGGGCUCCGACCACCGCUGCUUCCAGUCCUGCCAGCCGCAAGUCUGCAGCUUCUGCCAGUCACUGAGUGCCGGGCUGGGCAGCCCGCCCAGCGUGGUCAUGCUCGUGGGCUCCAGUCCCCGCACCUGCCACAUGUGCGGCCACACCCUGCCCACGCGCGUGGUGCACGGCGUGGGCCGCAGCGUUUCGGGCCUGGGCGCGGGGCCCUGGGCCUAUAGCGCCCCGCUGGCUCCCCAGAGGGCCCGGCAGCCCUGCGGCCCCAACAAGGCGGCCAUCGCCAUCCAGGCCGCCUGGCGAGGCUUCCGGAUCCGGCGCCAGCUCCGGCAGCAGCAGAUGGCGGCCAAGACGCUGCAGGCCACCUGGCGGGGCCACUACACGCGGAGCUGCCUCACCACCGACGCGCUCCUGGGCUCCGGCGGCCCCUGGGACCGGCCGCGCGCCACCGCCCGCCGCGGCUCCAGGAAUGCCCACUGGCCCGGGGUCUAGGACUCUGGCUGUGGCAGGGGCGGACCCCCCUCCCGGGAAGGGCCACGCGGCUCUCUGGGUGUCACAAUAAA